UACAGUCAACGCGAUGGUACCAGCUAGAAGGCUCGAUAGGCGAUAGUGACUAUACCCAGCUGUGCUGUUUCUGAGCUGGAGAUAUAUGUCGCAAAGAUGGGUUGUUCAGACAACCGAUAUGCGCUUCUCGAAAGUGGUGCAGAAGGUGCAGAACGCACGUAGCCCAGUUGGGCACCCUUAUCUAUCCGCCCUAAGACCCUUUGCACGGCAACAGCUCAAACCCCUUCGAAUCCUUGAACGGUCCGUCACGAAUGUUCGCUGCUUGCAUACAGAGGCACUUCAAACCACUGCCCCUCUCUCUGAUGAUGGUAUCAAUUGGCAGCAAUCGGAUCUGUCAGGGAAGGGUCGUAGUAGUGGAACACAAGAAACAUGGACGGAAGAAGCAGAAAAUAUACUCGCUGGACAACGAGAUGGUGCAGAGAACGCCCUGACAAAGACCGCUCUCGGACAAACGUAUACCGUACAGGAGUCCAGGCUUUUCAACUUGAACUUGCCCCAAGUGAACAUUCGCUCGUCCAUCGAGACACUGAAACUAGCGCGAGGACUUGGUCUGCCGGAAGAUGAACUUAUUCUUGAUCCUUACAGCAGGACUCCUCCGAAAAGAAAGUCCCAGUCUGGGCAGGCCGAGCCCAAAGAAUUAGCACCUGGAAUUAGAAUGCGAUUGGCUUACUUGGAGAAGACAUCAUUGCCUCAUAUGAAGGAGAUAGCCGCAAAGAGAGCAAAGCUUCCCAUAAUUGCACAUGAUCCGGUCGAGGGCAAGAAGUCCCUCAUAGACACCAUCAAUUCAUCCGACGUAACAGUUGUUCUUGCGAAAACAGGCUCUGGAAAAACAACUCAAGUACCUCAACUUAUUCUCGAAAAUGGUAUUCUUAAGAACAAAGGACCGGAGACACGCAUUCUCUGUGCCGAGCCACGGCGGAUCGCAGCAACUUCCACGGCCCGUCGCAUUGCUUAUGAGCGAGGUGAAACCCUUGGCCAGUCAGUUGGCUACCAGAUUCGCAACGAGGUCCAACUUCCAAACUCACACGGGUCCAUCACCCUGUGUACUACAGGUAUUCUCCUGCAUCGCUUGUUGACCCAGGGUUGGCCAUUCCUACAGCAGUUUUCUCACAUCAUGCUUGACGAAGUCCAUGAGCGUGAUGCCCAGCUCGACCUAGUGUUGUCUCUUAUACGAAGACAUACCCAAACUCUCAAGGACUGCGGAUUUGAUUAUCCCAAGAUCAUCCUGAUGAGUGCCACGAUAGAUCCGAGCUCUUUCUUGAAAUAUUUUGACCGAUCAUCCGAUCCAGGUGCUCUGACGGCCAGUUCUUUCGAAGUUGGGGGCAGUGGACAUCCUGUCCGUACGCUUUAUUUACCAGAAAUAUUGAAUGAGCUCGCUUUGUGCAAAGACUUACAUCCUACGAUGCAAGCUCUGUUGCAGGGCAAGACCACCAAAUCUAGUGCUGAUUACAUCAAGAACGAAUUGAUAUAUGGAGCCUUGCAACAGGAACCAUAUCAACAAGUCAACUGCGAAGGUUCAAACGUCAAUCGGACUUGCUCUAUGACAUCUAUCGAUGCCAACACAAAUACACCUAUCUCUACGCCCAGCAGUCAUUACAUAGGCUUGGUAACAGCGGUGAUCGCACAUCUAGUAUCUACGAAGCCUGAAGGAGAUGUACUGGUCUUUUUACCUGGCAAGCUAGACAUCGAUACCAUCUAUGACCUUCUGAGGGACAUGAAGCCAAUGGGAAUUGAUUUCGAAGAUGAGAGUAGAUUCAGAAUCUUCAAACUUCAUUCAGCAUUCCGAGACACCAAUGACAAUGUUUUUACGGAAGUUCCUAAAGGUUGUCGAAGGAUAGUGCUGGCAACGAAUAUUGCCGAGACUUCAAUCACGUUGCCCGAAGUGGUCUAUGUUGUGGAUACUGGAAAGAUGAGGAAUAGUAUCUACGAUCCACUAACUUUCAAGAGAAGUCUACCCUACGAAUGGAUUAGCAAGACCAAUAUGAUCCAGCGCCGCGGACGGGCAGGGCGUGUUUCACCCGGAAGAUACUAUGCGCUAUUCACAGAGGAGCGUUGUAGCACGUUCAGACCGAUGGCUCGUCCCAAGAUAACCGUAUCCAAUCUGGCUGACGUUGUUCUGCUUCUGGCCGCACAUCCUGAUCAUGGUGAUGCCGGCGACUCUAGCAGCCCCAGAGAAUUUUUGCAAGGCAUGAUCGAUCCACCGAGCGAAGAUGCCAUUGAAUCAGCAUACAGAGACUUACAGAGUCUAGGUGCGCUCGACCUUGAUGGCAAGAUCACUCGAGUUGGUGCAUUUAUCGCAGACAUGAACGUCCAUGCAGCUUCUGCAAAGGGAGUAUUGCUUGGGGCUGUUUUCGGGUGCCUUGAACCUAUGAUCAUUCUUGCUUGCCAUGAUUUCAAUAACCCGCUAAUUCACAACGCUGAACUUAGCAUCAGUCAAGUACGAGAGUCAAAACGGCUCCUUGAUCGGGAUCUGGAGAGCGACCUUCCGAUUCUCAUUGAUGCUUUUCGACAGUACCACGCAGCUGUUCAAGCUGGCAACCAGAAACACGUGAAACAACUUGGCCAGGAAAGAUGCAUCAAACACAGUGCCUAUUUAGAAAUGAUGCUAACGAGCCAAGCUGUGCAUCAGACACUGACUAAAUAUGGCAUUGUUGAUCCACCGGCUGAUGGGCAAACCAUUUUCGAAGCCCUCCCAGAAUUCCUCAACUACAACUCGGACAAUAUGGUCUUGAUGAACGCCCUCGCAGUGAACACUGUCACUGCUGAAUUGGCCGCUUGGGAUUCCACCGUUAGGAAAUGGACCUUGGAUGUACAGAAUGACGGUUUCCCGUCCAGAACCAGUAUCCUCCACCAGAAGACUAAAUCAAUACGUCGAGCUAGGCGUAAGUAUAGGACUGACGGUCGCCUGAUGGCGUAUGCAUGGAAAAGCAGCAAUGAUGAUCUGAGUGACGGAGCUGUAUGGCUCGAAAACAAUUCCAUGGUUACGCCGCUGAUGUUGAUCCUUUUCAGUCGCAGCGCGAGAUUGGAAUCGCCUCAAAUCAUCAAAUUCAAUGACUGGCUGAGAAUUGAGACUGGAGUUGAGGGUCUGGACAACACAAUUGCCACUCAAAGUGCACGAAUUGUCAUGGAGGUCAGGAAGAUGCUCGAUCGUUUCCUCACUUGGAACUGGGCUCGAAUUUUGCCCAAUCAAGAGGUUAAAAACGAAACUGCAACGGUGAACGUCAAAGAACAUCUCGCUCCGAACGGGUCGACUCGUAAAAUGGUCAAUGCGGUCACUGAGAUGAUUCGUUCAGACAAUGACUUUUGGCAUGAUUACAGAGCAGGACGUCGAGCAUAUAUUGAGGCAGAGGAAGCGGCGCGUGCAGAAGAGGCUCUGCUACUUGCUGAAGAACGAGCAGAGAACAAGGGUGCAAUUUUGAAGAGUCGUUUGUCGUCUUCAUAUGUCGACGAGGAUGUGGAUCUCAGGGAAGAGGAUGACGAUGACGAUGAUGGCGAUUUCGAACCAUCGGAGACUCAGAAUGAAACGGGAGAUGUGCCGUCAGCGUCUCGGAACGGCAUUGACAAUUGACAAACAGCACCGCCAAAUAGUCGACCAACACCGUUGAGCAACGACAGAAAUCACAUCCAGAAUGGUGUGGAACGCGGCUCUCGGCCAGGACCCGUCCAGCUAUAUGUGUAUACGAUACGCCACGAUAUUUCAGCAUACAGUUCUUAUAUUUGAAGGGGAGCGUUCUCGCCAGAGUUGACGCUGAGUUUUGGAUGUUCCCAAACCCCUGGAGCGUUUGAAUGUCUAAUAUAUCAACAGAAGUCGCCCCUUUCAACGUAUAAUAUAAUCUCUCGUCGAUUGUAACCAAUGCGAAUGGAACAAAGAAAACACUUGAUGAAGACCUUCACAUUGUAAUUUAGGACGUAGCCGUAUUACACAAUACUUAUUAUUG